GCUCCCUUAGCUGGGUCUCAUCUGCAUCCGGGUCCUCGGGCUUCGCCCUCCCAGUGCCGGCUGGGGUCGCUCGCGGGUUGCUGAGUGCUGCUGUUUCCCGCUGUUCCAGCCUCGGAAAAGCCAGAGAGUCCGCUGGUUGGAACUUCUUGUGUUGGAAGCUGUGUAUCACUAUAAUGAGGCUUGUGAUUCUUGAUAAUUAUGACUUGGCUAGUGAAUGGGCAGCCAAAUACAUCUGUAAUCGCAUCAUUCAGUUCAAACCUGGACAGGACAGAUACUUUACACUGGGCUUACCAACAGGGAGUACACCUUUAGGAUGUUAUAAAAAACUAAUAGAAUAUCACAAGAGUGGAGACCUUUCUUUUAAAUAUGUGAAGACUUUUAACAUGGAUGAAUAUGUAGGACUUCCAAGAAAUCAUCCUGAAAGCUACCAUUCUUAUAUGUGGAAUAACUUUUUUAAGCAUAUUGAUAUAGAUCCUAACAAUGCUCAUAUCCUUGAUGGAAACGCUGCAGAUUUACAAGCAGAAUGUGAUGCAUUUGAAAAGAAAAUAAAAGAAGCUGGAGGAAUUGAUCUCUUUGUUGGAGGAAUUGGUCCAGAUGGUCAUAUCGCUUUCAAUGAGCCAGGAUCCAGUUUAGUGUCAAGGACAAGACUAAAGACUCUAGCAAUGGAUACCAUUUUGGCAAAUGCUAAAUAUUUUGAUGGAGAUUUGUCAAAAGUGCCAACUAUGGCCCUCACUGUUGGUGUGGGGACAGUGAUGGAUGCUAGAGAAGUGAUGAUCCUCAUAACAGGUGCACACAAGGCAUUUGCCCUGUACAAAGCAAUAGAAGAAGGAGUCAAUCACAUGUGGACUGUUUCAGCUUUCCAGCAGCAUCCUCGAACUAUUUUUGUAUGUGAUGAAGAUGCUACUUUAGAAUUAAGAGUUAAAACUGUGAAAUACUUUAAAGGUUUAAUGCAUGUGCACAAUAAACUUGUGGACCCACUACACAGUAUGAAAGAAGGAAAUUGAAGGAGAUUGAAGCAAAAUUCUGCUUGAAAGAAAACUUUUUUAUUAGAUGAAUUAUCAGCUAUGCAAUAUAAAAUUGGAAAUUUUGAAGAUUGUAAUUUUUAAAAUCUGUUAUACAUUCCAUAUUUAAAAUGCCUCUUUUACACUAGGAUUUAGGAAAUGUAGUCUUUUAAAAUUGGUUGGCUAUUUUAUUAUACAGUACAGUAGCUACAUACCCACCUAUAAAACAGCAUAGAAAUGAAAUAUCUGCCUGUUUAAUUUUAGAAUGAUUAAGUUUUUUAAAAAAGAUUCUGAACAUCAGGUACCAUUUGGGACAUGAUUAGUGAAAUGGAUUUUUAUUUAAUUACAAGAAGACACUCCAAGUCUUUCAUCAACAACUGUCAUGGAAAACCUUUACUUUUGGAAUGCUCUUUUUCUGUGCAUUACACACAUGCUUUUCUGCAUGUGGUUGCCUUAGUCAUUUUCCUGCGGUAGCGCCUGUGGACAUUAAUAAAAGUCCUGCUAUAUAUUGUUGGCAAAGAACACUUGAAGAGAUGACAGUGCCUAAAUGUUUAGUUUACAACCUUUUGGAAAGUGGUUAAAUGCAUGCUUUUGCUUACCUUCUUAUACAGCACUUUUUUUACAGAUAUGCUUAUUUUUAUUUAAUGACUUGGGUUCAUGCCCUUAAUAAUAGUAUCUUGAAAAUUAUGAGCUUUAUACCUAGGUACACACUUAAGGAAAUUCUUUUGAAGAAUAUUUUCUGAUUAUUGUUAAACUUCACAAAUGAUUAGCUUUAUUCCUUAUUAAAAAUGUCUAAAAUUAUAAUGUGAAAUAUAUAUAAAAGGAAUUGCUGUAAACUAUUUUAGAGUGACAUAACUUUGCAUAAGUGCAAAUUAAAUAUAUUUUCUAUUUUUACUUCAAAUAAAACUUAUAAUAAAUAAUUUAUCUAAAUUUUAUUUCCAGAAGUGAAAUAAAUACUUGCAUUUGGGAGAUUCCAGCAACUAACAGUAUCUGUGAGCCUACAUUUCCUUUUGGUUUGUUACCAUCAUACAAUUACAGAUAGACAAUACCUUUACCUGUAGUUUCUCAGUAUUCCAUUGGAAGUUAAAGACAAAACGCUCCCUGUCCUGUUGAUGUUUCACAUUUUAUAAGCCCAUGUUAUAGAAGCCUUAUUUAUGUCUGCUUGUCUCUGCGAUUGAAAUGUACUUACACUCCUUAAAAUAUUUAGCAAAUAAACUAAAAAUGAAAUAAAAAUAAAACUGUUAGUGUAAAAUAA